AUGCCCGGAUCCCGAUGGAGGCGGCUUCUUUUGAGGCCGUGGCAGAAAGAGGCUCUGCAAGCGUUGUUCCAGCAGAACCGGUACCCUGGCAUCACCACCAGAGAACGACUGGCCCGAGAGCUAGACAUUCCAGAGUCCAGGAUCCAGGUGUGGUUCCAGAACGAGCGCACCAGACAGCUCAGGCAGAGCCGAUUGGCGUCUGCAAACUCCCAAGGGGAAGGGCCAUCGUGUGGACAGGAACAGCCUCCAGCUUGGACUCCAGGAUCCCGAUGGAGGCGGCUUCUUUUGAGGCCGUGGCAGAAAGAGGCUCUGCAAGCGUUGUUCCAGCAGAACCGGUACCCUGGCAUCACCACCAGAGAACGACUGGCCCGAGAGCUAGACAUUCCAGAGUCCAGGAUCCAGGUGUGGUUCCAGAACGAGCGCACCAGACAGCUCAGGCAGAGCCGAUUGGCGUCUGCAAACUCCCAAGGGGAAGGGCCAUCGUGUGGACAGGAACAGCCUCCAGAGGACAGGAGAAAACGGACAGCCAUUUCUCCAUCCAAAACCAGUCUCCUCCUUCAAGCCUUUGAGAAGAACCCAUUUCCUAGCAUUUCUACCAGAGAACAGCUGGCCAGACUCACAGGCCUCCCGGAAUGCCGCAUUCAGGUCUGGUUCCAGAACAGAAGAGCUCGGCACCCAGGGCAGAGCAGAAGUGGCUCCGCGAAUGACCGGGCGGCAAACCAGGAAGAGGAGCCUCCGGGACCCUUGGAAGCGCCCCUCAGUGAGGAAGACUUUCAGGCCCUGCUGGCCAUGCUGCACGAUUCCACAUGGCCUCACGCCUAG